CCGCCCUGUGACAUCAAGAUCAAGCGUUGUUGUUCUGCUGGCGUGCUCCCCGGCGAGGCGAGGCGCUGAGAAUUUGGACUCCUCAGUGCCCACACCUUCCAUUGUCCUUCCCUGUGACCUGGUGGUGGUGUCCCCGUGCCCUGGUGACCCGUGAUGGCCCUGCGCGCGGCGGGCGGGGCGCUGCGGCGGGGGCUGGGGGCGGCCAUGGGCGGCGGGCGGCCCCUCGUAGCCCCGCGCCCCACGCCCACACUCACAGCGGGUUGGCAGCAGCCGCCUCAGCGUCACUAUGCCAUGCGCCUGGAGCUGACGGAACACGGCAUCGUUUGGAAGAGGCCGGAGCACGUGCCGUCCUGGAAGCCCGAGAAGUCCGGUGACCUCAAGGCUUACACGGAGGCCAAGGAGGACCGGGUCAAGGUCAAGCUGCUCCCCGGCAAGGCAGUGGUGGAGGACCUUGACGAGGUGACCAGGCAGCUUCUCUCGCUCAAAUUUGGGACGUACAGUGAGAAGGUGCGGGCGUUCCGUUACGACCUCCUGCGCGACAUCCAGCGACACCAGUACGACACAGGCUCCAUGGAGGUCACCAUCGCCAUGUUGACCGUCCAAAUCCGCAAAGCCCAACAGGAGUUACUGGAGACCAAGAAAGGCAAGAAGCAUACCACCAAAAAGCGCGUCACCCUUCAGGAGACAAUCGACCGGCGCAAGAAGCUCCUGAAACACCUUCGCCGGAUGGAUUAUAAGCGCUUUGAGUGGCUGAUUGAGCGACUUGGAAUCCAUUACCGCCCGCCUCCGAGAUACUAUCGCUGGGUGACACGGAAGAUCUCCCUGCGUCGUCUAGUGCGGCUACACGGGUCGGUGAUACGGUCGGAGAGGUUACAGGCCUAUAGGGAGGAGCUGGAGGCACAGAAGGAAGGCUAUCUUAAGGAGAAGGCCGAGACGUUGACGUGGAUUGCCGAGACGGAGAGGAGUUUAGGCCUACCGGUGUCUGUGGAGGUGCCUGAGGGGGUGGCUUCUGGGUCCUCUGCUUCCUCCUCCUCCUCCUCCUCCUCCUCCUCCUCCUCUUCUUCUUCUUAGUGGUCAUUUUAUUGUGUUGUCUAGAAAUGGAAUAACGAUAUCUUUUUUUUUUCUUUUCUACUUUUUCUACUUCCUCUUCCUCCUCCUCUUCUUCUUCUUCUUCUUCUUCUUCUUCUUCUUAGUGGUCAUUCUUUUUGUGUUGUCUAGAAAUGGCCUAACGAUUUUUUUUUUUUUUCAUUUGUUCAUCUUCUAGUUCCUCUUCCUCCUCCUCCUCCUCUUCUUCUUCUGUGUCUUCUUCCUCUUCUUCUUAAUGAUUUUUGUGUGUCUAGAAAUGUUCGAUCUUUUUUUCUAUCCUUUCCUUCUUCUUCUUCCUCUUCCUCCUCUUCCUCUUGUAGAAAUGGCCUAACUAUCUUCUUCCCUUCCCUUUAUUUUCUGAAGGGGUUUGAAUAGGGAGUGUCUUCAUUUCCUUCUUCCUCCUCCUCCUCCUCCUCCUCCUCUUCCGUUUCUUCUCUCUCCUCUUGUUGUUUUGGGCCGCGGCGAUCUAGUUGCUUACAUGAGCCCUGGUGUCAUCCUCCGAGGGCUUCACUUUCUCCUCUUCUUAUGGCCAUUUUCACAGUCACGUUGUUUGUUUUAUCGUUACCAAUGGCGGCGAUCGACGCUAUAAUUUUCCAUGUGAAACUGGCCUAUGGGGUAGUGGUGGCUGCAGAGGAAGGGAGAGCUGUUGAGAAUGUGUGGUAAGGUUCAGGGCUAGGCUAACCCCGCAGCCUCCACUACCCCAUUGCCCAGUUUUACGUGGAAAUACCAUAGCAGCGAUAACAGCUCUUGGUAAUGAUCUAAACAAACAAAAUGACUGUGAAAGCGACCCUCAGUGAUGAUACCCUACGCCCCUGUCCACCCAGCAGUGAAUGGGUACCAGGUAUUAAUCGGGGGUUGUGUCCCGUCUCCUGCGAUCUGUUCCCUUCUCCUAUAAUUCCUUCCCCUCCUGUCUCUCUCCGGCAUAUGACCACAGAUGUUGCGCCGACUAAACCAAACUUUCCUCUUCUUAGUGAUCAUUCUUUUUGUGUUUGGAAAGGCAUAACGUCCUGUCUUUUUUUAUAAUAUU